UCCAAGGAGACCUCCCGCACCUCGUGGCCUGGAGAGCUGUGGGCCGGGCCGGCCAGGUCCAUCAUGCACAGUGGCAUGUCAGCCCCCAUUAGCCUCUGGCAGCCCUCCUGAGCCGUAUCAGGAAUUGGAACCUCAGACCUGCAGCCCGCCAGCCGAGCCGGACCAUGAGUCACGGGCCAAGCCCUCGGCUGGCCGAGUCCCCGCAGCUGUCCAAGGGCAGCCUGCUGACCAUCCUGGGCAGCCCUUCGCCGGAGCGCAUGGGGCCCUCCGACUCACUGCCGUCCACGCCGCCCAGCGGCACGCCCUCGCCGGGGCCGCCUCCCGCGCUGCUCCUGCCGCCGGCGCCCCCGCUGCUGGCUGACGGGGACUGGGAGAGCCGCGAAGAGCUGCGGCUGCGGGAGCUGGAGGAGGCGCGGGCGCGCGCGGCGCAGAUGGAGAAGACCAUGCGGUGGUGGUCGGACUGCACGGCCAACUGGCGCGAGAAGUGGAGCAAGGUGCGCGCCGAGCGGAACCGUGCGCGCGAAGAGGUGCGCCAGCUGCGCCAGCGCCUCGACUCGCUCACCAAGGAGCUGGCGGGCGCGCGGCGGGAGCGCCAGGAGGCGCAGGGCGAGUGCGAGGCGCGGGGCCGCGAGCUGGCGCGGCUGCGGGGCAUCCAGGAGGCAGCCGACCAGACACCAGACGGUCCUGAGACGGAGCAGGAACGUGAGCCGGUGCGCGACGUCGUCGGGUCGGAGAGGCCCCAGGGCAGCCAGGAGCUGGAGCUGGUGGAGAACCUGCUGAAAAGCAGACCAGAGGAGUCCGAGGGCUGCUGGGAAACACGCAGUGUGAGAGGUGGGAGCUCACGGGCGAGUUCAAGCCGCCAGGAGCGCAGCCGGCUGCCCUGGGAGGAUGCGGCUGCCACCGAGGAAGAUGCGUCCAAGUUGACCGCCCUGCGGCUGCGGCUGGACGAGUCCCAGAAGGUGCUGCUCAAGGAACGAGAGGAUAAACUGGCCCUGAGCCGGAGCAUUGAGAAGCUGGAAGGGGAGCUCAGCCAGUGGAAGAUCAAGUAUGAAGAGCUGAGCAAGACCAAGCAGGAGAUGCUCAAGCAACUCAACAUCCUGAAGGAGACGCACCAGGACGAGCUGGGCCGCAUGUCGGAAGACCUGGAGGAUGAGCUGGGAGCCCGGUCCAGCAUGGACAGGAAGAUGGCUGAGCUGAGGGGCGAGAUGGAGAGGCUGCAGGCAGAAAACGCGGCCGAGUGGGGACGCCGGGAGCGGCUGGAGACAGAGAAGCUGGGCCUAGAACGGGAGAACAAGAAGCUGCGGGCGCAGGUCGGGGACCUGGAGGAGGCUCUGGCCCGGCGGCGGCGGCAGACCACCAGUGCCCUGGACUGUGACCUGAGGGCCAGCCAGGCUGCACUCUUCGAAAAGAGCAAGGAGCUGGCGGACCUGAAGCACGUUCACAGCAAGCUGAAGAAGCAGUUCCAGGAGAAGGUGGCAGAGCUGGCCCACGCCAACCGGCGGGUGGAGCAGCAUGAGGCCGAGGUGAAAAAACUGCGUCUGAGGGUGGAAGAGCUCAAGAAGGAGCUGGCCCAGGCUGAAGAUGAACUGGACGAGGCCCACAACCAGGCACGCAAGCUGCAGCGGUCACUGGACGAGCAGACAGAGCAAAGCGAGAACCUGCAGGUGCAGCUGGAGCACCUCCAGUCCAGGCUCCGAAGGCAACAGCAGAACGCCCCCCUCUUCGGGAAGAUCCGUAGUGCUCGCUUUGGUGCCGAGGAGGCCGGCGAUGGAACCAGUGACCUGGAUGAGGACGAAGACCUGCAGAUCCAGGUGGCCUAG